CCUUUCCCACAUGACAGGUAUUUAACUUUUGCAACUCCACUCUUAGGAUGGGACUCACACGCAAGCUCUGGAGUAUGUUUUGGUGAAUGCGGAAAAAGAAGGAAUCCCCAACCAAUGAGCGACCUCAGGGAGCCAACCACAUCACCUUUAGAGCUUAGAGGGACAACAGGAGUGUGUUGACGAUGACACACACACCGGCGCACACUCAAGCACACACAGAGCGAUUGUGCAGUUCAAACUGUGCCACAUAAGGAGGACUCAUCAGCAUCCCCCCAGGGAGAGUCCGCCGCUGUGGUGUCCUCCUCACACUCCAAGAUGUUGAAGUACCUAUCACUGGGGGUGCUGGUGUUGCAGACCACCUCACUGGUACUCACCAUGCGCUACUCCCGCACUCUGAAGGACGACGGCCCCCGCUACCUCGCCUCAUCCGCCGUCGUGUCCACAGAGGUGAUCAAGAUCCUCGUCUGCACCGUCCUGGUCUACAUAGAGAACAACUUCAGUGCGCAGGCCAUGAAGCAGCUGCUGAAGGAGGAGUUUGUCAACAGGCCUCGAGAGACCCUGAAGUUGGCAAUUCCUGCAUUAAUCUACACGCUGCAGAACAAUCUUCUCUAUGUUGCCCUAUCCAACCUGGACGCAGCCACCUAUCAGGUCACGUACCAGCUGAAGAUUCUGACCACAGCUCUGUUUUCCGUCUCCAUGCUGGGAAGGAGGCUUGGUUUCUAUCAGUGGUUGUCCCUGCUCGUCCUCAUGGCUGGGGUCACUUUAGUGCAGUGGCCCACUGAGCCUGAAGGAGACUUUGAGCAGAAAGUCCUGUCUGCCAGCGCUCAGUUUGUGGGUGUGAUGGCUGUGCUGAUAGCCUGUCUAUCCAGUGGCUUUGCUGGGGUAUACUUUGAAAAAAUCCUCAAGGAAACUAAACAGAGUGUGUGGGUUCGAAAUAUACAACUGGGUUUGUUCGGGUUUGUGUUUGCUACUCUCGGAAUGUUGGGUUAUGACGGCCAGAGAGUAGCAGAGUUUGGGAUGUUUCAAGGCUACAAUUGGAUUGCCUGCACCGUUGUCCUCUUACAGGCUUUAGGUGGCCUGGUCAUAGCUGUGGUGAUUAAAUAUGCCGACAACAUCCUCAAAGGAUUUGCUACCUCUCUGUCCAUCAUCAUGUCCAUGCUGAUCUCCUAUUUCCUGCUGGAGGAUUUGCACCCUUCUGGCUACCGCCGCCGGCUAGUCACCUGUUUCAGGGGGGGAAAGAGGAGUCGAGUGUGUAAAUCUCCUCUGCCACUACACAGCUUCUCCACUGCCAAGACUCACACACGCCUCCCUGUGGCCGCACACGGUAACUGGUACCCUGUGCUUCCAGGCAAAGUUGUACAGGACCUCCGAGUAGCAGAGGACCUCAGAACCUCAGCCCCAGCUAUGGGUAAAUAGCAAAGACCUCAACAGCGAACCAGACGAAAGAUGGCAGCAGUGUGAUGUACCUACCACAAGGGCUGUAAAGGGGGACCUCCUGUUGCCUUAGAUUCCACGCCACUGGAUCCAGGACCCUCUUUAUCAAGGACCGUGUAGUGGCUGGAGGCGCAACAGUCUCCCAAUGUUAAAAGAUGUCUUGCACAGGCAUCCUCCAAAAGGGUAACUCAUUCUAUUUUACACUUCGGAUACAAAGUCCUGGGGCAAUUGGAAAGUGGUGGUGGGGCCAGGAUUUGAAGAGUUUUUCGGCAGCUUCACCAAUGACUGAGCAGCCCUUUUAAGGAUCCAAUCUGCUCACCCCAGGAGGGGAGAGAGUUAGAAAAUGUACCCUAAAAAUAGCCUGCCUCUCCUGCCCUGUCUGGACCUCCGCAUCUAGAGGGGUCACCAUUAUGCGGUCAGAGACACAAGUUUUAUUUUGUAACCUGGAAUUUAAAAUGUGUUAUAGUUGUAUAGCGCUUUUCUACCUUCAAGGUACUCAAAGCGCUUUGACACUAUUUCCACAUUCACCCAUUCACACACACAUUCACACACUGAUGGCGGGAGCUGCCAUGCAAGACGCUAACCACGACCCAUCAGGAGCAACGGUGAAGUGUCUUGCUCAAGGACACAACGGACGUGACGAGAUUGGUAGAAGGUGGGGAUUGAACCAGGAACCCUCAGGUUGCUGGCACGGCCCCGCUCUCAACUGCACCACGCCGUACAAUUUAUGAACCCUCAUAGACAGCCCAGCCAUGGAACGGCCCCGAAGACGAACAGCAAUCGUUUAAAGAACUAAAAAUGCUCCGAAUUGACAUUGUAGCUCUCUCUAAAACCCGCCUGGCUCAUGAAGGGCUGUACUUUCUUCUGGAAAGGAAAUCUGGUCAAUAAAGUGAAGUGAAUUAUA